AUGUCAGCAGUUACAGGUAGUAGUGGGAAAACAGAGACCGGCUAUAGGCCUUUGAAUGAGGUAUGUCGACAGUUAGGUAUUGGAUCUUCUGGGUUUCUCAAACAAAAAGAGUUUAUGCAGGUCUAUAAACAUUUAGGCCUUCAAAGCCUGAAGAAACAG